AUGGUGCUCCUUAACCUGCUGACUUUCGGACUCUGGUCAAAGGUCGGACGGUUGACACACUAUGCUUUUGACGCUGUUCUCUUCUCGGCCUUCCUCGCCGGCAUGAAGCGAUCAACUGGCUUGACCUUCAAGACCGACAGAGUCGCUGGUGAGAACAAGGAUUUCACCGGCUGGAUCGACAGAUACCUCGGCGUUGGUGAAUGGGUCAUGGACCAGUCCGUUGCGAUUGCCGGAUCCAGCGGCUACUUCGAACGAACCCGAUGA